AUGUCUUUCCUCCUAUCUCCUGCUAGACGUGCAGGCAGCGCCGCUCCUAUCCUUGCACAGCGCGCUUUCUCGACGACACGACCAUCACAACUGGCGCGCAUGACGCUUGUUGGCAGGAUAGGCACCGACCCCGAGUUGGUCGACACCGGCAAAGCCCAAGUCAUCAGAUACGUUGUCGGCACGAGCUCGGGGCCAAAAGACAACAGACAAACUUCAUGGUUCCGUGUUUCAAGCUUUGCGCCAGAAGGGCCUGGAAGGGACUACAUCAUGGGUCUGAGCAAAGGAACGCUCGUCUAUCUCGAGGGCGAUGCGACGAUGCGGACCUAUAACGACGCUGAUGGCAAGAAACAAACCGCACUGAACCUUGUGCAGACCAAGGUGGAUGUCCUGAAGCGACCAUAUCCCAAAGAAGGGGAAAGCGAUGACGGCCCAACUGGGGUCUAA